AUGGCCUUGGAAGGCACCUUCUAUGCUCUUUAUAAGCCUGCUCGCCCAAAGCUUCAAAAUAUAACUCACAUACAAGCUUCUAUGCAUCCAAUUGAGGUUCCGACUACUCCGGCCUAUUACUGUGACUAUGCUAUUACGCUGUUGUACCUGACUACUGCCGAGGAACCGAUUAACACCGAGAUAAAGCUUGCAAUCUUCGAAGGUGUUGGAUUCCUCGCCGAAUCCGUCCCUCGCAGAAGCCCUAGCCGCCCUCGCGAUUCUCCUCGCCGCGAGCUCCCUCGUCGUGACGAGCUCUCACAGGCGCCCUCCCUCGGCGAAACGAGCUCUCGUUCUCCCCGCCCUCCUGCGAAUCUCGGCCCUCUCUUGCCGUGCCCUCCCUCGUCGCGCCCGAAGCUCCCUGCAACGAAGCUCCCCACGACGUCGGCCCUCGCCGCGCCCUCCCUCGAGCCUCCCUCACUUGCAGCGACGAAGCUAGGGUUUCCCCGCGCCUCCCUCGCCGCGACGCGCAACGUCGACGCUCGCCGCGCCCUCCCUCUAGCCGUCCUCACUUGCCGAUCAAUGGCAGAUUCUUCGUCGAGAUCUUUGCCUUCCAAGAAUAACUCCGUCGCCGAAGAGGAGCCCAAGCUGGAGCUCCUCAAGAAGAUUCGAAGGCACGAGGUCGCCAUCUCUGAGCUGAACCAUCUCCAACCCUCCCGAACAGUAUACCAGCAGAAUUGUAAUAUCUUCUUCCGGAAGACUAUCAAGACAGUGAUGGCAUCUGAACAGAAACAUCUUGAUUUAGCUAAAGCUCAGUUGCAAGAAUUUGAUGCUGUUUUGAAGCAACCACAGAAGCAAAAAUGAUGAAGAUACAUGGUGGGUCAUAGUUUCUGCCUUCGUCAGUGUAUUACAAUUCGGCUGUGUGCCCAGUAUUUUGUAAUAUUUUUUUCGUUUUUUUAAUGCCUAAUGUCUAUUAUAGUUGUUGAAAAAUGUCACAUCUGAUUCCAUCUACGAGUAAAAUUUUCAUUUCAUCC